AUGCGGAUAUACGGAGAAAUUAGAGAUACGGUGAUACGGAUAAUACUGAAAUAUAGAGAAACGAAUAAUAGUGAAAAUACAGAGAAACAGAGAAUACAGAGGAAUAGAUAUACUGAAAGAGGGAGAAAACAGAGAAGAAAAAGAUCCAGAAAAUACAGAAAUACGGUGAUACGGACAAUAAACAGAUACAUAGAAAACAGAGAUACGGAGAAUACACAUACACUUAAAUACGGAAAAUACAGAGAAACAAAGAUGCGGAGAAUACAUAAAAUACAAAGAUGCACAUGGAUUCUGAGUAACAGAGAAUACAGAGAUACGGAGAAUACAGAGAUUCGGAGAAUGCAAAGAUACGAAGAAUACAUAGAUACGAAAAAAAUACAGAGAAACAUAGAUACAGAGAAUGCAAAGAUACGGAGAAUGCAAAGAUGCAAACAAUACAGAGAUACAAACAAUACAGAGACACAGAGAUACGGAGAAAACAGAGAACUUCGAGAUUCUGAAGAACACAGAGAUUCUGAGCAACAGAGAAUACAGAGGAACGGAGAAUACAGAGGUGCUGAGAAAACAGAGAUACAGACAUACGGAGAACACAGAGAUUCUGAGCGACAUAGAAUACAGAAGAACCGAGAAAACAAAGGAACCGAGAAAACAGAGGUACGGAGAAAACAGAGAUACGGAGAACGCCGAGAUUCUGAGCGACAGAGAAUGCAGAGGAAAAGUGAAACCAAGAAAACAGAGGUACAAAUAAUACAGAGAAUACAGAGAUUCCGCGCUUCAGAAUAUGCUAAACAGAUUUACAGAGGAAACAGAGUUAUGGAGAAUACAGAUAAACAGAUAUACAGAGAUAAGGAAAAAUCAUAG